UAAAAAAGAAAAAAACUAGUGGCACUCUUUGAGCAAAAACACCUCAACUCGGUAAUCCCAAUAUCCACACUAAAAAUUACUCGAGAAAGCAAUUUGAUCUCAGAUCUGCGUCCUAUUCUCUGAGCCAAUUUUUGCUACGUCAGUACGCAAAGUGCCACCGCCCAUUGUGUUGUAGAAAUCACUACAGUCAUAUAUUGCGAAUCUGUAAUUGAAGAGUUGGUGAGCAGUAUAGAAAGAUAAAACAGAAAUGGCUGCAAGAAAAGCUGGUUUAAUUGCUCUGUUUGAUGUUGAUGGAACUCUUACAGCACCCAGAAAGGAAUCUACUCCACAAAUGUUGAAAUUCAUGCAGGAACUUAGAAAGGUUGUUACUGUUGGAGUUGUUGGAGGUUCUGACCUUGUAAAGAUAUCAGAGCAACUUGGCAAUACAGUUACAAAUGACUAUGAUUAUGUUUUCUCUGAAAAUGGCCUUGUAGCACAUAAAGAUGGCAAGCUUAUUGGGAAACAGAGCUUGAAGUCACAUCUUGGAGACGAGAAGCUCAAGGAAUUUAUUAACUUUACCCUCCAUUACAUUGCUGACUUGGAUAUUCCAAUAAAGAGAGGAACAUUUAUUGAGUUCAGAAGUGGCAUGCUAAAUGUGUCGCCUAUUGGGAGAAACUGUAGUCAGGAAGAAAGGGAUGAAUUUGAGAAGUAUGAUAAGGCACAAAAGAUACGGGAAACAAUGGUAUCAGUGCUCAGAGAAAAGUUUGCACAUUUUAAUCUCACCUUCUCCAUUGGAGGCCAAAUUAGUUUCGAUGUUUUUCCGCAAGGCUGGGACAAGACUUAUUGUUUGAGAUACCUUGAAGAAUUUAACGAAAUUCACUUUUUUGGAGACAAAACAUACAAGGGAGGAAAUGACCAUGAGAUCUAUGAGUCUGAGAGAACUGUUGGUCACACAGUUACUAGCCCGGAGGAGACAUUGAAACAAUGUUCUGUUCUAUUCCUCGGCAAGGAUAAUGGAAGUUCUUAAGCUUGUUGCAGUUUUUCAAUACACAACAUUAGAAGCUUGGCAUGAUAUUUGGAUACCUUUUCAUAACAACAUUAGAAGUUGUAUUCAAGAUCCUCUGAAUCGCGACGAGGAAAAUAUUAAGAUCAAAGACCUUUUCAUCAAUAGGGUUUGAAAAUUUUAAUAGAUUAUCCUUCUACUUACACCCCCAAUCCUUCAUUUUUUUUCUAUACAAAAUACGUAUGUCCCUA